GGUCGCAGGUGUGACGGUGAAGGCUGUGGCUUCUGGUGAGCGCACGAAGGAAAAAGAGCCUAAGCCCUUGUGAAGCUGGCAAUGACAAGUCUGAAUGGUCGCCAUGCCGAAAAAACCAUUGACAUGCCAAAACCAUCAGCCCCCAGAGUGCACGUGCAGAGGUCCGUGUCCCGAGACACUAUUGCCAUCCACUUCUCGGCAUCCGGGGAGGAGGAGGAGGAAGAGGAGGAGGAGUAUCUUGAGGAGGGGCUGGACGACCAAAGCAUUGUAACGGGGCUCGAAGCCAAGGAAGACCUCUAUCUUGAACCUCGGGGUGGCCAUGACCCCACUGGCCCUGUGGCCCAGCCCAUCCUGGCAGAUGGACUGUCUGAGUCCCCUGCCAUUUUGCUCGUCUCCGAGAACACUGUAAAGCUGUUGGAGUCCCCUCCUCCAGCAGUGCAAGUAUUAAGUACAGUGCCAUUGGCUCUGUCCCCAGGGUCGUCUUCAUCGGGGCCCUUAGCUAGCUCUCCCAGUGUGUCAUCUCUUUCUGAGCAGAAAACCAGCUCUUCCUCCCCAUUGUCCUCUCCUUCCAAGUCUCCUGUCCUCUCAUCCAGUGCCUCAUCCUCCACCCUUUCCAGCUCAAAGCCCUUCAUGAGCCUUGUGAAGUCCCUGUCAACUGAGGUGGAGCCAAAAGAACCCUCACACCCCUCAAGGCACAGGCACUUGAUGAAGACAUUAGUCAAGUCUCUGUCCACAGACACUUCCAAGCAGGAGUCAGAUGCUGUGUCCUAUAAACCGCCUGACUCCAAGCUGAAUUUACACCUGUUCAAGCAGUUCACACAGCCACGAAACACAGGUGGAGAUUCCAAAACCGCACCUUCUUCCCCACUGACUUCUCCCUCCGAUACGCGCUCCUUUUUUAAAGUGCCCGAAAUGGAGGCUAAAAUCGAAGACACUAAGCGACGCCUUUCAGAAGUCAUAUACGAGCCUUUUCAGCUCUUUAGUAAAAUUAUGGGGGAAGAAAGUGGCAGCCAUAGGCCCAAAGCCUUAUCUUCAAGUGCUUCAGAACUCUCCAAUCUGUCCAGCUUGAAUGGUCACUUGGAAAGCAAUAACAACUACAGCAUCAAGGAAGAGGAGUGUGAUUCCGAGGGGGAUGGCGAUGGAAACGAUCCCAGCAUCCCCAGAAGUGACCACCCAAAGUCCACCGAUGAGCCCGCGAGAGAGGCGGAACCGAAAAGUUCUCAGGUGAGCAGCCUGAAGGAUUUAGGCCUGAAGACAAGUUCUCUAGUCCUUGAGAAAUGUUCUUUGUCUGCCUUAGUGAGCAAAGAAGAUGAAGAGUUUUGUGAACUGUACACUGAGGAGUUUGAUUUGGAAAUGGAGGGGGAGAAUAAAGAUGAAAAGGUCCUAGGUAUGCCUCUCAAGCCAGAGGUGCUGGCGGACGAUGGGCCGGCUCUUGACAGUGACGACGAGGUAGACUCAGCCAUGCAGCACCCGGAGUUACCGGUGAAGACGCUGGCCUUCUUUAUACUGUGUGUCUAUGCGUACCUCAUCCUCCCCCUCCCCCAUUACGCAAGUGGACUCUUUCUGGGAAUCGGCCUGGGAUUCAUGACUGCGGUUUGCAUGAUUUGGUUUUUUACACCACCAAGUGCUCAUAAAUAUCACAGACUACGUAAAAAUCAACAACACUGGAACACAAGAUCUCUGGAUAUCAAAGAACCAGAAAUACUAAAGGGAUGGAUGAAUGAAAUUUACAGCUAUGAUCCAGAAACCUACCAUGCGACUUUGACACAUUCAGUCUUCGUUCGACUUGAGGGUGGGACAUUAAGACUUUCAAAGCCCAAUAAAAAUAUAUCCAGGAGGGCAAGCUACAAUGAAACAAAGCCAGAGGUCACCUACAUCAGCCAGAAAAUCUACGACCUCUCAGACAGCAAGAUUUAUCUUGUACCUAAAAGUUUGGCUCGAAAACGAAUCUGGAAUAAAAAGUACCCCAUUUGUAUCGAGCUUGGUCGACAAGAUGACUUUAUGUCCAAGGCCCAGACCGAUAAAGAGACUUCUGAAGAAAAGCUGCCAGCUGAGAGAGAGGUAGGAGGCGAGGACCCUAAGAAGCCACCCCCUCAGGAAGGGACAAGAUCUGGCCAGCGAGAUCAGAUAUUGUAUCUCUUUGGGAGAACCGGCCGAGAAAAAGAGGAGUGGUUUAGGAGAUUUAUUCUGGCAUCUAAGCUGAAGUCGGAAGUCAAGAAGCCACCUGGCGUCUCUGGCAGUAAACCAGGGGUUUUGCCCUCACACAGCAGACACAGCAGUCCCUCGGGGCACCUGACCCACAGUCGCAGCAGCAGCAAAGGCAGCACGGAGGAGAUCAUGUCCCAGUCAAAGCAGAAGGAGCUGGUGGGCAGCGUGCGGCAGAAGAUGCUUUUGGACUACAGCGUGUACAUGGCCAGGUGUGUCCCCCAAGAGAACCGAAGCCCCCAAAGGAGCCCCGUGCAGAGUGCAGAGAGCAGCCCCACAGCUGGGAAAAAGUUGCCAGAGGCUCCACCCUCUGAGGAGGAAGAACAGGAAGCCUGGGUGAAUGCCUUGCUUGGAAGAAUGUUCUGGGACUUCUUAGGAGAGAAGUACUGGUCUGAUCUGGUGUCUAAGAAGAUCCAAAUGAAACUCAGCAAAAUAAAGCUCCCCUACUUUAUGAAUGAGUUAACUCUGACGGAACUUGACAUGGGGGUGGCUGUGCCAAAAAUUCUUCAGGCCUUCAAGCCUUAUGUCGAUCACCAAGGACUCUGGAUCGAUUUGGAAAUGUCCUACAAUGGGUCCUUUCUGAUGACUCUCGAGACCAAAAUGAAUUUGACCAAACUAGGUAAAGAGCCUCUUGUUGAAGCCCUGAAGGUUGGAGAAAUUGGCAAAGAAGGUUGCAGGCCCAGGGCAUACUGCCUGGCCGACAGCGAUGAGGAGUCCUCCAGUGCUGGCUCCUCCGAUGAAGACGAUGCUCCAGAGCCCAGCGCGGGAGACAAACUGCUUCUCCCAGGGGCCGAAGGGUAUGUUGGCGGUCAUCGAACAAGUAAGAUUAUGAGGUUUGUUGAUAAGAUUACCAAGUCAAAAUAUUUCCAAAAAGCAACGGAGACAGAGUUCAUUAAAAAGAAGAUUGAAGAAGUCUCCAAUACACCCCUGCUGCUAACCGUAGAAGUACAAGAAUGUCGAGGAACUUUGGCGGUCAACAUUCCACCUCCCCCAACUGACCGGAUAUGGUAUGGUUUCCGGAAGCCACCAUAUGUAGAGCUGAAAGCGCGGCCAAAACUUGGAGAGAGAGAAGUGACUUUAGUUCAUGUGACAGACUGGAUAGAGAAGAAACUGGAGCAAGAGUUUCAGGUAAACCUGCAGUGUCAUCUAGUGUUUCACACUGAGUCUAAAAGCUCUGGGUGGAACUGAGCUUCUGCACUUUGUGUGGGUCAGGAUCCUCCUUGGAGGCCCCUUGUCCCAGGAAAGUGCACGUAUGAUCAAACAGGUGUAACAUUUCAAGUAGUUUCAAAAACCCCUGAAACUCACCCACAGCACACUGUUGUCUUCAGAGGAAACCCAAAAGGUGGGGUCAAGGAGCAAAACGACUGUCUUACACCAGUAGGCCUGGCAAGGGUGAAGCCGGCCACCUGCUAAAAUGUCUUCGGACACUGUGGGGCCUGGAACUGACCAGCUCGUAGCACUCACCACGGUCAGGGAAGUUGCCCCCGCCCUCGUGUGACAAGCCACCGUGCUCUGUUUGUUCAGUUCUUAUGGAAACGCUUCAUGGACAGCUGCCCCUACCCUGGGCGUCCAGAGACGCAUCCAGCCUGCUCCUCCCAUGUGGAUCUUCUAGGGAAGUCUGGGAGUUUUCUAAGCCUGAGCUCAUUCUCCAGGCCUGUCUUCUGCAUUCCGCCACCAAAAGGUUAAUAGCAGUGUAGCCAAGGCCCUGGGAUGAGCUGUUUUUAUCAAAGUCUUAUCAGAUAUUUGAGGCACAGUUGUCUUUCAAGGUUUUAUAGAUUAGCAAACAAUUAUUUUGUACUGAAUUUUGCCUUUAGAAUACCCGUAUUUUUGCAGUGGUAUAUUUUGAGUUACUGCCUAUAAAAACUAUAUUUUUAUUAUAUAAAGACUGUAGGUUAAAUAUAACUGAAAAACAGUUUCCAGAAAGCUUAAUAUUAUCACCAAAUGGAUGAGUACCUAGUUAUGGGAGACACGUCUUGCCUUGUUUUUUUCCUUUUGCUUAUAUCCCUAAAUCCUACGUUAGGAAUUUGAGUGGGUCUCUUUUAAGGGUAUUGGAGUACAAAGAGCAAAAGAAGGGACUAGGGGACAGAGGUUGGUGCCUGGUGUUUCUGGGGCAAGCUGGGAAGUUGA